AUGGCGAAGAGGCAGAUGAGUAAGUCCCUUGCCAAAUCUCCCUUUUCCGAGAAUGUGGAUAGAGCGUUCAAGCCCAUCACAGCAAUUGGCAACCCUCCGAGCCAGAUCGCAGGGCAAGAAGAAACGGAAGAUCCCAACUUCUUGAAUACCACACCAAGUAACGCUGCAGGACCCAGCCGUAUUACAGGUAGACGAUUGACAGCCAGUGGCUCCCGACAACAGAGCAAGGAUGUCACAACUACUGCGUCUGACUCAUCCAACUCCUACGCCGCCGAGAAAAAGCAUCAGGCCGACGUUGCAGAGAAGCGCUGGGUCAAUGCGGAGACCAAAGUACGAGACCUCGUUCAGAUGACAAGAGCCAGCUCCUUCAAAUUCACAGCUACACCAGCCAGGGAGUUGCCAUCGCGCAAGCGUGGCGCCAGUGCACUAGACGAAGAUGAGGAGAACGGCUUGGAUGUCGAAGCAAUAAUCUCACAGCAAGAAAUUCUAGACAAGGAAUGA